CACUCUGUACUACUCCAACUUCACACUGCUGAUCAUAAUGUCGGGUUCUCUUAUUUAUGUGCUGAUUCUUGCGCUCAUGAGCCGCGCGACCGUGGCGACUCCAGUGCGCGUACCUAAGAGCGUCCAAAGCGACCACGCGCAGUGCACCACGAGCGCCAGAGACCUGCUCACCAAACUCAGGGGCGCGCUCGAGAAACCAGAAAACAGAUCCAAUACACUGUUUCAUGGAUUUAACUGCACAGAGCUGGAAGCAGUGGUGAACCCAAACACACAGACGGCGAGUGUGUGUCAGCCCAGUCAGGUUGUGAAAUGCUCUGAUCAAAGAACUACUCCUUUCAAUGAGACUGAAUGUUUGCAGAACAUUGACAAUGAUUUGAAAUAUCAUCGAUCCAUGCUUGAUGAUUAUGUGAAAAAUCUGGACCAGAAGGCGAACUCUGAGUCUAUCAAGGAGCUCAACAAAAUUAGAGACGCUAUACUUGAACUUAAGCAGCUAUCUAUCUAUCAUUUAUAUUUAAAUGUAUCUAUAAUAUCUUUUCCACACCAGAGUUGCAAGCUGCUGCCCACAUCAGAGUCUUCACAAAAGAAGUGGAGCCCCACAAAUUCUUUCGAAGAUCGGAAGGAUCUGUGCAAACAGCUGAAGGGCUUCGAAGUGCGCAUCAUCACCAUCAACCGAGCACUCGGAUACAUCUGCGCCGGAGAUCAUAAGAAAUAAUUCUGCACUUCCACUACAAUCAUCAUCAACAUCUUUUAAAAUCUCAAUCACCAACAUUGACUGUGUAAAACUCCGCACUACUACUUUGCAAAAAAAUCUCCACAACCCAUAUUUAUUUCAACUGUGUAAGAAUAAUGUAUAAGCUAGCUACAUCUGUGUAGUUG